CGGAUUACAGAGAGGCGAGGCGGAGCCAGAGGAGGAAGAGGAGGAGGAGGAAGAGGAGGAGGGGAUCUGGGUGUUGCCUCCUCCUCUGCCUUCUCCAGCACUGGAAGUCAAGUCUGUGGUUCCCAGUUGGGCUCCAGUCCGUUAUUCGCCCGCAAUUCCACGUUUCUACAACUCCACUGCCAGUUGCCUGGAUACCGGACCGCCAUGGGAGUCGAAGGCUGCACCAAAUUCAUGAAAUACCUGCUGUUUUUAUUAAAUUUCAUCUUCUGGCUUGCUGGAGGUGUGAUCCUGGGCGUGGCCCUUUGGUUGAGACAUGACCAAAAGAUCAGCAACCUGAUGUCACUUGAAGUGGACGGAGCCCAUGCCCCCACCUCCUUCUACAUCUGUGUCCACAUUCUGAUCGCAGUGGGCACUGUGAUGAUGGUGGUCGGUUUCCUUGGAUGCUAUGGCGCCAUUCAGGAGUCCCAGUGUUUAUUAGGAACUUUUUUCGUCUGCCUGGUCAUCCUGUUUGCCUGUGAAGUUGCUGCUGGGAUCUGGGGUUACAUGAACAAAGACACUGUUUCAAAGGAAAUGAAGAACUUCUAUGACUCUGUCUAUGACACAGCCAUGUCAGACACCCUUAGUGACCCAAAUAAAAAGUCGACUGUUGGACAUGUGCUCAAGGUCUUCCAUGAGACGCUUCAGUGCUGCGGUAAGGACAAGAUCACCUCAGGUUUCUCAGUGAUAACAAGUAAAGUCGGCUUUCAGGACGUCUGCUCUCAACAAUGGACCUUAGUUGACUGCCAUGGAAAAAUCGAUGAACUCUUUUCAGAUAAGAUUUAUCUGGUGGGAAUCGCUGCCCUGGUGGUUGCUGUCAUAAUGAUCUUUGAGAUGAUCUUCAGCAUGGUGUUGUGCUGUGGGAUCCGUAACAGCCCUGUGUAUUAAAGCAGCUGAGUGGAUGGAAGAACCACAUCAGUCACAGCCUGUUUUUCUUUUCUUUUUUACAUCCAAAUAUCUCAUAUAAUGCUUGCUGGAUUUAGUCAGCUCUCUAAAAUGCUGCCUUGAAAAAAAAAAAAAGGAAAAAAAAUCAUUACACUGUUCCAUGUUUUAUUUUUUUUUAUGCACAGAUGCUGUCAUAUACAAGCAGCCUUAACCUUUUAUGAUUUGUAGUGUAUUUUUUAAUCAAUCAUUCUUUGGUUCCAAUCACCGGUCAAGGUGCUGUAGUUCUUUGGAGAUAUUUUUUUUUAAGUUUGUUUUGUGUGUAUUGGUUUUUACUUCAGUCCUGCCUAUGAACAUGCUAAUACAUUCUCUGUUUUAUGGGUUUAUUUCACUGUUUUCUGUAUAAACUGUAUAUAAAUAUAUGUUACAGUGCUUUAUGUCUGCCUGAGCAUAGAUAUGGUAUUACACAAGGUGUCUAUCCAGUAGUUUCUCUUUACUAACCUCUGCUUGAUUGUCUCGCUUUAGACUGUGUGUUACUAACACUGCAGCGGUCGGCCUUAUCGACAGACAAAGUUCAUCCACAUCCAUAUUAAUACGGUAUCUCUGCAUGAAUCUAGUUCAUCUCAAACACUGCUGGGAACACCAGUCACCAGUGUUUUCUGCAAGUAUUUACUAAUCUUAGAAAGAAAGAAAGUUUUUCUUGCACUUAAACUAAAUGUUUAGAUCUGUAUUCACCCUCACCAGCUGCUGAAGUGAAUGUAAAUGUGAGUACGAUGACAAGACCCCAACGGACGUUAUGCUUGUAGGUUUAUCUUAACUUCUGACUUCCUUUGUGGUUUUUGCAUAUCGUUGACCACCACAUCCGUCUCCGUUUACAUCAUGACGUCCUCCUGUGACCUCUGAGCGUUGAUGUUUACCAUCUGCUGCCCAGAUGGUGCAGAGGCAGCAGAUUUGUUUGGGUCCAAAUUUACUCUACAAGAUGCAGCUGUUGCUCACACACAGAGAUGCACAUCAGCACUGCCUGGAAACACACACUCCUUCACUGCAUCUUUCUAACCCCCUAUGUAGUCUUAGCCUAUGUAAACCAUGCCUUGUAAACUGAGAAACAGUGGAAGUGUGUAAUACAUCUUUAAUGUAUCCUAGUAAAGAAGGUUGUAGAGAACAAUGUAUGCCUUUUUUCUCUUUGUAUCGCAAUAUCUUUGUCUGGUACGUCAAACAAAGUCUGGUGAGGGGGAGAGAGGUGUUCAGUGGCAGGGUCAGCUUUUCCCCCAAAUUUUUAAAAUAAACUAAAAAGAUUAGAGUACAGCAUUUAUUUGGCUCUUAAUGAGGACACACUGUGUUUCUCCAAGUUGAUAUACUUCCUAUUUGACAAAGAACGCUCACUGCCAAAAGUCUGGCCCUCUUUUUGCCCUUGUGGACUUUGUUUUGCCCGGAUUUAAAGGGAUUAAAUGUAUUUUCCAAAUAAGUAA